AUGGAGGCCGAAAACCUCUCGUCAGCCCUGAGCCUUGGGGGCUGGUACAGGACCAGGCCCUUGGAGCCGCCCGAUGCCAUCGAAGCGGCUGCCCGACUUCAUUUUGCAGGCCUUCAUACAGUGCUUCUCCGGCAUGGCCUGAACUUGGAGAAAUACACAGCAGAUCCCUGCGCUCCACAUGGAAUGGUCCUGACGGAGCUGUUUUCUCUGGCGGACGGAUCCAACAAGCGGGACUCUGUGAUUCUGGGCCUUGUCUAUGCUCUGCUGACGCUGCCUUGGGAUCGGGAGUCGGUUCCAGGAUACCUCGACUAUGUCAGCUUGAUGCGGAUGCUGGAUGAUGCUGAUGUCACAGUCAGGGCUUUGGUCUCAGUCUCGCUACGAGUUGCAGAUUUGCUGCCCACAUGCAGGCAGAGGCUUCAGAUGUUGUUUGCUGACAUGGUCGACGCACGCUGGCCCAAGGCCAGGGCAGUGCUGCUGGCUUUGCAGAGGGCGACGAGCCCAGGAGACACUUCCUGGCCCGGUGCAGCUGAUCUCGUCCGCAGCGUGCUGAAACUUGUCAAGGUCCAUCACGCUGGAUGGCUGUCAUCUGACAAGACUGCUCUGGAACGGACAUUGCUCUGGACUCUUCGCUGGAUCUCAAUGACUUCGCAGGACGAUGAUCUCUUGCAGCUUCUUCUGGAGGUGUCAACAAUGCUGGCAAGAACAGUCAAGGCAGAGUCUGGACCCCUCGAUGCGAACCUGCACUGGGUGGUCACAUCGUGCGCAAUGAUCCGUCAGCUGGACUCUGUGAGAAACGAGCUUGCGGUGCCUGCGAACUCGGAACCGGACAAGGACUCCUUGGCUCACCUCCUGUCACCCAAAGAGUCGGAGCAGAUGCUCUAUGUGAUAAAGGCCAAGCCGGAACAUGAGGAGCGGAUGCUUGGCUGGUUUCUGAAGCGACACAUCGACAGCCGUGGACAAGGCAAGCAUUAUCACCUUGCUGACGUCAUCAUGUACGCUGUUGCUGUCGCAGCAUCUGUCAAUGCCAACCGCGCAACCCUGUGGAAAUACAUGUGGAAGAACUGGUCUCAGCACAGUCAGGUUGGUAUGCUGUUCUGCUACUUGGCAGCAAGGCCUGGCUACGGCCGAUCCGCCGUCGCACAGGCAUGGGGAGGUCGCGGGAAUGAGACAGAUCAGGAUCUGCUGAGAUUGACAGACUCCAACCCUUCGCUCCAUGCGGUGUUGAGACGCUAUAUGUCAUGUGCACGACUUCACCUUUUUGCUUCUUGCCUGAGAGCUCAGUGGUGGAAUUAG